AUGAAGCUAUUGUACCUGACCUGCGCUCUCCUGGCCAGCUGUGCCGUUAUUUGGGCCGCUAGUGGUGAGGAGGAUCAGAGGGAGGAGCAAGGAUCUGUGAAGCUUCCCAAGCAGCACAGCUCGAAAAGCAAUCCAGGCCAUGGAUUUAAGCUUAUAUCCUUCGAUGCAGUGGGCAAACACAUCGCCCUGGGCUUGGAUUACCUGGUGCCCUUUCUGGAGGUUCCUGUCAAAAGAAAGCGAAACGCUCCACCAAAGGCACUGGUUAUAGUAAAUACUGCUGCAGUCGUCAGCUGUGGACUCGUGGUUGCAGGCGGAGUCCUUGUGGGACACCUGAUCCGGAGCUUAGGAUUGGAGGCCAUCACAGCAGAUGAAAAUCGUCCCAUAUUCGGAAAUUCUUCUACACUUAAACCAAAGUCUUCGGAGGAGGAUGUGUGGUCCUCCACACCAGCACCUAAUGCAACCAAUGCCACCUCCAGAGCACUUUACGAUGAUAACUUGAGUUUUCCUGGAAUUUUUGACAACUUUAAGCUGAUCUACCGAAACGAAACUGGAGAUCGCGUGGCAACUAGUCUUCCCAAUAUUUUGAGCGUCGUUGAGCGAACGUUUCUCAAGAACGACGUGGAUCUAUCCGUCUGCCUGCUAAAAUCCAUUUGCACUUUAACUCACAGCGCAGGACAAAAAGUGAUGAAGGGUGAGGCCACGGACAUGGAACACCUACUGGAUGGAGCCACCAAGUGGUCCUGGCUGAUGGCGUGGCUAGAGCAAUCCGCUUUUCGCGAGGCCAUCGAAGCGGGGAAAGUAACUUCGACCAAUCACUGCACGAUCAAAUAUCCAGAAUGCAAAUGGACGACGCCUGAACAACAAAUCCUAGAGCUAUUGCGCAAUAAUGUGCAGUUUAAAUAG